CACCGACGUUCGCGGUAUACGGGAGUUAACGGAGAUGAUCUCCUCUGUUAGUUGUCGAUAGAAAAUACGAAACGCUCCGUACACUUCUAAUUUUAUCCAGACGAGAUGAGUGCGUGGUCGUCGUGACAGAGUCGUCUUUGGUUGUGCUCAUCGUCCUUAGUGAGUCAGAAACGAGACACAACAUCUAAAACUUUAAGGCGUAACUUAACAAAUAGUGUUAAAAUUAAUUUGUUUUAAGUGAAACCGUUUUUGAAGGAAUUUUUAAAUCCGAUAAUCACAAUACAUCUCCGCUUUCGGGGCCGGAACCGGGUGGUCACAAAGCAUCAUUCCGAAGUACGAAGCUUGCGAAAAGAGCCCGUUCUUUCAAAGACGACGUCCUUGAAAAAAUAUCACAAAUGCGGAGCCCCACGAAUCAAGGUCUUAAAGGGAGACCGCCUAAAAGAGCCGAUCCGAGCGACAAUUCUUACAAUAAAGGUCCAAUCGACGAACUCAAUCAACAAUUUAAACAACUGCAGCUUGCUUUAAAACAUUUUCGAGAUGUGGUACUCAAAAAGACGUUGGAAAUGUUACCUGGAAAUGGGACAAUUGUUUUGGAUACGAUUUGGGCGAUUAAUUUAAUCGUUCAAAGAACGAUUGGUCCGUCGGAUAAAACGAAAAGUAUUAAAUCGGCCACACAAAGAAUGUAUAAUUCGGUUGGGAAAUUAAUUAAGUUGUGUGAUGAUGCUUUGAUUGAUGAAACAUGUUCGGCUUUGGAUAAACAAAACGUUGAUGAAGUCGUUAACCAAUUAGAAGAUUCAGUAAAGGCAUUGAUUAAAGAAGUUCAAGAUAAAAUGACUGCUCAACAACCUAAUUCGGGUUAUAUGAGCGCUCCAAGGCCAUCUCACAGCAGUUUAGACGCCCCAGCCCAAAGAAAUUCACUUCCCGAUAUUCCUUUAACACCGCGGGAUUUAGAAAAACUCGAAGAUAGUUCGUGUCCAUCGCGAGUUGUUAGAAGUAGUCAUAGUACCGAGUCGAUACUCAGAGAUUCUAGUCCGCCACCUAAACCACCUUUACCAAGAGGAUUGUACUCAAAAGAAUCUGGAACAAUAAUGACCCCACCUCCAUUACCACCAAAGAAAAAGCACAUAGAAAAUUUCACAUAUUUUAAUUCGGAUUCAUCAAUUUUUAAAAAUAGUUUUGAAAGGAUGUCGUUAAUAUCGCGUUCGUUAGAAGAUUCAAGUUCGAUUUUAUCGGAAAGCGCGGGAAGUUUAGAUUCGAUGUUAAAUAAUUCGCGGGACGAAGAAGAAGAAGACGAAAUAACCGCGAUUAUGGAUCCGAGUACCGAUAACGAAAGCAUCUUAGAAAGCGAUUUAUCCGGAAUGACCACAAACGGUCUUUGGCACGAUGACAUCCAAAACACUUCGUCGCAUUCGUCGCAAACCAACAAUGAAGACGCGAACAGUUUUACUUUACAUCGAUUAUCAAACACAGAUUCGGGUUUUAUGUCGGUUCAAUCACAUCGGAGUUCGAGUUAUUCAAAACGAAGUUCGCAACAGAGCGUUGUCAGCACGCAAUGGACGUCACAAAAAACAUGUUGUGUUAAACAAGAAGCGGUCGUUUUUUCAUCUUCUUGUUCGAAAAUGGCUAGUAGUAAUAAUGCAAUUGUUUCUGAGCUUAAUGCUAGUUAUGGAAAUAUUGAUGAGUGUGAUGAUGGUUCAAAUGAAAAUGUUCCACCGCCGAUUCCACAAAAAAUGAGACGGAGACAACCAUCACCAUAUGAUAAUGUUCCAGAAAAUAAUAUGGGUGGUGAUUUAUUAGUGACAUGUCAUCUUCACCAAUCUCACAGCAGAUCAAAUACGAGUGUAUCAAUGAUUGAAGAUAACGGAAAGCCGCCACCUUUACCACUAAAGAAACGUCACAUGUUCCAAUCGGUGGCUUAUUCCGUUAUGGCUUAUAUGGAAAUGUUUGGAAAUUGUUCACAUUCCGGUGACACCGAAUUCAUUACCGAGCGUCAUUCAAUGGUUAUUCAAGGUCAAAGAGCAUCACAUCCCCCACAACUCGGCCUCCCAACAACUCAAUCUUGUUCGUUUUCACACACAAGUUCAUGUUCUCGUUCGAUGCACUCACAAACACUCACCAUUCCGCACACUUCCGGUGAAAUUACAAGUCCGAUUCCAUCCCCAAUUCGUUCCCCAAACCUUUCAAUCAGCCCGAUUCCACCAAGCGGGACCCCACCGGCUUUACCCCCAAAACGAUCCCGCUCAAGUUCCGCAAAAUCUUCACCUCCCCCAACUCCUCAAGGAAAUAUUCAAGAAAAAGCACCAGCGAAAUCUUUACCCGAUCUUUUGGAACAUACCUCCGUUAUAAUCCCGAAAGAGGAAGUUCGAGAAGCUUUAGUUGAAGUAAAACCGUGCGAUGUUGAUUUAAUGGAAGCGGUUGAUAUCACGGAUUAUUUAGUGUUUAAAUCACCGGAAGAUGAUGGACCCGAUAUCAGAGGGGGAUGUAUUGAUGCUUUGAUUAUUCAAGCGACAAAAGCAACUAAAAAUGGAGGUAAGAAUGUAAAAAUGAAACACACCAGAAAUGGAAAAUAAUCAUAAACAUUGUAA